AUGCGUUGGGGUAGAAAUAAUUUCGAGUGGUCGUAUCAGACCGGGCUUUGUUAUUGGCCUAAGUCCGGUGGUGUCCUAUCGAACUAUGAGAUACUUAAGGCUCACACCAAGGGAUGUGUUCCCGACAAAGUAGGGAUCGAUCCUCUUCCUCUUGGGUGGAACAUGUACACCAGUGCCGGUAUCCCUCAAGGUUCCUUAAUUCUUUCAUCGGCCCACUUAGAGCAUGUUAGGUUUCCGCUCCAUCCUCUCUUUCAUAUGCUCAUGUUCUUCUUGGAUCUUCACCCUAUGCAACUAAACCCGAAUUCUUACCUUUUCAUAUCUAGGUUUCUGGCCCUUGGCUUGAAGUGGGGUGUGUCUCUUAGCUUUAAGGAUUUCAUUUACCUCUAUGACUUGGCUUGUGUUAGAGGGGAAAGUCACUAUUUCUUUUUUACGUCUGGGGCUGGUAAAAAGUGGGCGGUGACUGAGAUGUCUAACAUGCCUAUCUCGUCUGCUUUUGGCCCAAAACCUGGACUUCCUUCGGACAAAAGAUAUCUCCUUCCUGAGGACCGGAUAGCUUGGUUGGAGGAGAACUUGGUCGGUCAAAGGUGGGAUAUCACACACUUCGUCGAUCCUGUGACUUUCACUCGUCUCUCCACUGCUCGCCGUACAAUGACUUACCUUCCGUUCACUUUGGCUGAUUCAAACCUGUACGGGAUAGACUUGUUCAAGGACAUUUGUUUCGUCGACGUUGAGCUUUGUUGCACUGAGGAUUCAGCGUCUCGUAUCCAGGCCAGCUUUCAAGAAAGGGAGGCCGAGUUGGCUCAGCACAGCAGCUCCGAGGACUGUGCAUCCGAGUCUGAGUUCGAUCAAUCAGAUAUGUCAGCACCACGCUCAUUGUCAGUCCCAGGCCGUAGGGAAAGAAGGCCGAGAAAAGAGCCUGAGCUCUCCGGGUCUGCGAAGAAAUACCGUUAUGCUUCAUAG